ACGGAUUCCUAAUGCGCAUGCGUAGAUUUCAGCUUCUUCAAGGAAACGCCGCUGUAGUCUCGAGCCAAUGAGUUACUACCGACUCAAGCCUCUCCCUUAGGCGAGCCAUAAAAGCGUCACAAACCCAAGACGGGCUUGGCUCGCCCCCAGUCAAAUUGACAAGGACGGUUUACAAGGCACGACAAUUGUUUGACAAUAGCGGACUUGUCUUGCGAGUAUGGACAAUGUCAAAGGGUUACUUCAGGCGCUGAAGCUGGACACCCUGUCUUCAGCCGCCGUCCUCGCCGGGGCUGCCGCCUGCAUAACGGGAACUAUGGUGGUGUUAGCCCGGGCGGUCGACGGCCGCCUGGACGCUCGGAGGAAGAUGCAGAAAGCCAGAAAUCUGAGACAUGACAGCCUGCUGAGAGCUGAAGAGGCUGUCCUUCACUACAAGAACGCGCAUCCAAAGAUGGAUCCAUCUCUCAUUUUAUCUUUGUCUCUGGCUGACCUGACAAAUAAACUGAAGGAUGGCCUGCUGAGACCCGAAGAUGUGUUUUACUCCUACAUGGAAAAGACUAUCAAUGAAAACAAAAGGUUAAACUGCUGCACCGCCAUCCUGCUCGAGAGUUUUGACCAUCUGAAAACGCUGGAGUCCAACAAGGGAGGUCUCCUGUAUGGCGUUCCGGUUAGCAUCAAGGAUAACAUUGCGUACAAGAACUACGACUCCUCCUGCGGCUUACUCGCCAACCUUGGCCAACCGGCCGAGGGCCACUCAGUUAUUGUGGAAGUCUUGCGAAGACAAGGUGCCAUUCCCUUUGUGAAAACCAACAUCUCCCAGGGCAUGUUGAGUUACGACUGCAGUAACAUCAUCUAUGGGCAGACGGUGAACCCGCAUAACCUCAAGAAAACCAGCGGAGGUUCUUCCGGCGGCGAGGCGGCUCUCAUUGGCGGAGGCGGUUCCAUCCUCGGCAUAGGCAGCGAUAUCGGGGGCAGCAUCCGUAUCCCCGCUGCGUUCUGCGGGAUAUGCGGCCUCAAACCAACUGUGGGGCGACUGAGCAAAGUGGGUAUAAGCAGUGUUUCUCCCGGGCAAAAGUCAGUGGUGGGAACGCCUGGGCCCUUGGCGAGGGAUGUGGACGGCUUGGCUCUGUGUAUGCAGGCGCUGCUCUGCCACCACAUGUUUGCUCUUGACCCAACUGUCCCUCCAGUGCCUUUUAACAUGCAGAUGUAUAAGAGCACCAAGCCUCUGAGGAUCGGCUACAUGGAAAGCGACGGCCAGUGUCCACCCACGCCGAGCAUGACCCGAAGCAUCAGAGAAGUCAAAACUUUGUUGGAGCAGGCGGGCCAUACCGUGGUGCCAUACAGUCCUCUGAGGAUGAAAGAGACUUUUCUCCUCAUUUCCAAAAGCAUCUUUGGAGACGGAGGGGCCUCCCUGGUCCAAAAACUGAAGGGAGGACCUCUUGAUCCUACUCUCAAACCACAAGUGUUGCCUUUCUAUCUUCCUUGCUGGCUGAGGAAGAUCCUCUUGUUCCUGAUGAGACCUCUGUCUCCUCGCGGUUCGUUCCUCCUGCAAAGCACCACCGGAGUCGGAUCUGUUGUGGAGCUGUGGGAGCAACACUCGGCUGUGCAGGAUUACAUUCAGGAGACCCUGGCGGAAUGGAGACGGUGCAAGAUCGACGUGCUGCUCUGCCCCAUGUUUGGACCCGCCUAUAACUUCUUAUACUGCGGCAGCCUUGCCUUCCCUCUGGGUUACACGGCAAUCUACAAUCUGCUCAACUUUCCUGCCGGCGUUGUUCCCGUUACCACGGUGACAGCAAAGGAUGAGGAGGAACUGGCCCAUUAUGAGGGCUUGCAUCGGGACCACUGGGACAAGCUUUACAAACAGGCAUUGUCGAGAGGCGAGGGUCUGCCCAUGGCCGUGCAGUGUGUCGCCCCGCCGUGGCAGGAUGAGCUGUGCCUGCGCUUCAUGAAGGAGGUGGAGGAGCUUGUGAAACAGAGCAGGAAGAAGUGAGGCCUCAGGUAUCGGUCCGUUGAGUGAACGAAAGUUAGGACGCUUAUGAUAAGCGAGUCUGUCACCAGUAUCGCAAAACACAACCAUUUCCACUUUGCACUCAAGCUAAUUUCAGCCUGGCUAGUAUUUUUUUUAUUUUUUAUAGAAAGAAUCAUAAUGCACCUGACGUACACGACCAGUCAAAAAACGAAAUUUGCUUUCUAGUGCUAUUGAAUGAGAAACGGUUUCCAAACCUUAGAAUGUAUAGACAGUACUGUCAAGAUAUCACAGAAAAAUUAAAACAACUUCAUUUUUUUCCUUCAUGAAUUUAUGAUGGUCUAUGCAGCAUAACUACUAAAAUGUGGAAUUUACCAAAUGGAGGUCAUUUCAUGACAUGAAAAAAACAACAGGAAACCAGCUAAAAUUCUCUUAGCUUAGCAGGCUAUAUUUGUAAAAGUCAGCUGGGAUCCGCGCGAGCAUAAAACGGUUCAGAUCGAUGUCCUGAGUCUGACGAAAAGUAUGAAUUGGUGCGUCAUCCUUUGAACGUGAGAAAACAGCACCAUCUUCUGGCCAAGUACAGUAGUGCCUUGAGACUUCAUUGAACUCAACUGACCUCACGAUGAGCAGUAACGAGGCAGAUAAUGAAACAAUUGUUUUUUUUAAAAAAGUCUUCAAUCAAUUACCAUUAUUUUUACUGUCAAACUAAACAUAAAAUCAAGAGAAUUACUCAUUUAUUUAAAACAACCACAUAGCUUUGCCUUAAAAAUGAGAAACGCCAUCGACUGAUUUUUGCGGAUGCUUGAACCUAUUAAUGGCACUAAUAUUAAUUUCAAUGGGGAACGUGUAUGAUUGUUUUUAGUUUUGAGCCACAUCAUGGAACAAAUUUCAUUCAUAUCACAAGGCGCCACAGAAUCGAUUGCUUUUGCUGCACAACAGACAUAAACAUUGCUCGGGUGAAACAAAAUAAAAAUGAUGCGCUCCUAUUUUUGAGUGGUUUCAGCUCAUCCAUUGACAGACGUCAAAGUUCUCACGUUUCAUGUUUUGAGAAAAUGUUAUUUGACUUCAUUGACAAAUGAUCAUUGCUCAUUUUGCCUUUUGGACUUUUGUAGUGUUUAAUCUGGUGGUUAGGUGGAAGUCACUAGACAAACUGGCGCAGUACCUGCUCAUCAAAAGAUUACAAAUUAGAAUUUCUGAGGUUUUUAGGGUGGGAAAGGUAUCCUGUAGUCUUAUGUACAAUAUAAUCCUGAUGAAUAAAGCACACAUUGUGUCAUCAA